CAGGUAGCUCUGUGGAUAGUCCGUGAUGUGGUAGCACCAUACUCAUACACAUAUUCGCUGUAAUUCAUGAUACGUCACAUCUGAUGCAUCCUGGGGCAACAAUUUGUUCUGAUAAUAUAUUUCUAUCGUUACAGAUGACAGAGGUUCUGAGACACUUUACAUCGUGUGUGGGUCAGUAGGUGGCGUUACGUUGCUCACUGUCGUCAUAGUGGGCAUCGUGUGUCUCAGACAGAGAAGAAAAUCAGACCAUCAGCAAAAUGAUAUGAAAGGCGAGAGAAAUGCCACAGCCACUUUGGGUUGUCAAAAUACGUCAAGCCCCGACACAGUGGAUAAUGAGUUGUAUGAGGGGUCACCUGACAUCUCUUCUAUCAAAGAAUCUCAUGAACGGGAGGAAGAUUUUAUUAUGACAGAUGGAUACGCAAAUGUGGAUGUACCAGCAACGAACACACCACAGGAUCAGGUUGCGCCUGGUAACGUCAACCUUGAAAACCUAUACGCUAAACCUGACAAAACCAGAAUUACAAAGGUUCCACACGUUUCAGACAUAUACGCUGAAGUAAAGAAACCCAAGAAAAAGAAACAAGGCGGUCCAAUCGUGUCUGGAAAUGUCAACACAGGAGACGUGUAUGCGAAACCUAUCAAGGAGAGAAAGACACAAAUAUAGGUAUAUAAAAAAAAAACCUUAACAUUAUUAUAUGAAAUAUCUACCUUGGGUCCAUUGGGUGACUGUUCGAUGUCAAAGAUAUUAUGUGAAUACCUCCGUUAUCUAAUGGAUAGAGCGUACGUCAAGAGAACUUUCGGUUUGAACUCCGGUUUUGUCAUACCAAAAGACGUUAAACAGACGGCGAAAGACAUUGUACUUGUUGCGGCCUGGUCGGCACUCGGCAAAAAGGGGAUAAGACAAGAAGAGGUCACCUUGAAGUUAUCAUACACUCACUGAGAGGUUAUUCAUAUUCAUGUUAAAUAUGCGUCUGAAUCCGAGAUGGUUAUCAUUACAUUAGCCCGUACUAAUACACGCAUACAGGCACAUGCACAUCGCUAAAAAGUGGAAUAACCUUGAUCGCUACCUUAAACACAAUCAACUUGAAAUCAACGGCUUCUUGUGAACCCAACGUUCAAAAUCGCACCAUCUGUACGCUAUGAUAAAAAGGUAAGGGAUAGAAGCGACAUAACAUAUCAUCUGAUCUGUGUGGUAUUGGCAAUUGGAAAUGAUAUGAUCUUAUUUGCUUGGGAGUAGGCGAUCCGAUCUAAUAGGUUCUAAUGGUUGUUGGGAUGAGAUGGCGGCGCACUAGGUCGUAAAAGAGGUAAAGGGACUCAUUUUAAUUUUGCGGCCAACGUAACUAAUAUCGGAUGGAACCACCUCAAUGUGCACGAAUUCAUCGAAUGCUUCUGAUGAGGCGGACAGUGUUAGCUUGAAUCGUGUUGUUCCACUCAUCAGUGAGAUUGAUGGGUGGAAUAGACGUUGACACUAACGUCUGCCAAUUCAGUCCCAGACAUGUUCAUUGGGGGGAAGGUCAUGACUGAGUUCUGGCCAUGAUGUUUUGCUGUUGGGGGAAUUUGGCCAAAAUCCUGGCACAACGAGUAUGUGCAUUAUUAUCUUGAAAGAUGAAACAUUACCCAACUUGUUGUGCAAUGGUACGACGAGUAGUGCAAUGAUGUUGUCCCGAUGGGCCUGGCCUUGUGACUCUGCAAUGAACAAUAUAAAUGGACCCACCCCGAAAAAGGAUCAUUCUGUACGACGUCCAUACAACUCACAUUAGGACGUCUCGUAACUCGAUUCCAUUGGUCAUCGAAGUCGAGAGUUAACCUCUCUUCGUCAGACACCACUGACGCCUCUGGUUCAAAUGACGUGCAUUAAGUGUCGGGGUGAGUCUUGGAAGUCGUGCACGCAAAUGCUAUUUAUGCAGAAGACUUUGCACCUUUGGGGCAUGUAUUACACAGGUUGCCUGUUGCAAUCGGUCUCUUAUUUGAAUGGCAGUUUGAAAACGAUGUUUUACUGCAAUCGUUCUGAUUAACAGAUUUUUCCCUCAGGCGUCCAGAGCGGCGUCAGUCAUCAAUGUUGGUAUCGGGCCAUCAGAUUGAGAUACAUGCAGCGUUUGGGCAACAAUGUUUUGACAUGUGCCCACCUGCAAUAUACCUAUGGCAUGUAAACGUUCAGCACGUUGCAAACGUGACAUGUUGUUUUUUUCUUCAUGAUUAAAUGUACAAAUAAAAUGUCUUGAGCAUUUGGUCCAAAGAAAACCAUAUGCGUCUGCUCACAACGGAUUCAUAGUUACAAUAAUAAAUUUAGCAUACCACCCCUACAUGACUCUCACAAUGUUGUUUUGAGGAGCUUGAUUCUUGAAAUGUUUUGCCACAGAAAUAUCUUACUCACUGCCAGUCAUUGGCGUAUAGUUCUGUAGGUUCACCUAAAAAGAAAAUGUCCCCUACUCUUUUUGCAUAGUAUAUUUGAACGAAUCGCAAGCGUGUUAUGAUAUUUUAGCUGAAACAUAUUUUUGUAUGAGUUCACUAAAGCAUGAGUGUUUCUACAGCUAUGACAUGGUCGUCAGCUUGUGUCAUCAUUGUAGUGUCCCAAUAGCCGGUAAGAAUAGGUUAGUAAUUUAAAGGCUGUAUAAAUUUCAACAUGAAAAUAAAUAUGUGAAUUUUUUAGAGAGGGGGUUGCCACAAAACAUAUCCAAUAGACUCAAAACAUAAUAUGGUCAGUCUGACCUAAAUAUUCAUUGCCAAUGUAAAAGAAUAAGCAGUCAAGUUUAUCAUAUAUAAACAGAUUCCAUUUGACGCAAAUCGAAAAUAAAGUUGUAACACAUUUUUAAUUGAUUACGUCUCUAUACAUUGCGUGACGUCAUUCGGCAAUGGCCUUCUUAGAAAAUUACGAGCUAUUCGAAGUUUAAGUUUCGGAGAAAGUUUGACAUUGACAUUGCAUUUGACCGAUCGGUGGAUUGUCCACAGCAGAUCCGAUUGAUGCGGGUACCUGCAUGAACGUCUUUCGUCUGCCGACAAGCUGAAAA